ACAAAAAAUAUGUCGGACCCAGCAUUCGACUCCAAAACCGCAACGUUCUUGGAAUGGUUCCGAGCCUGGCCGGGUGCAACUUUCCACCCGGAUAUCAAGAUUGAGGAUCUCCGCAAGACGGGAGCGGGUAGAGGAAUUGUCGCUACUGCGGAUAUCCCUCAGGACACAAUUCUGUUCAACAUUCCGAGGACGGCAAUCAUUAGCACGCAGACUUCUGAUCUCCCAAGACGCAUACCACAAGUCUUCGAGACCACAGGCUUAGAAGAUGCGGACAAUGAGGCAGAUGAAGACGGGAGUGAGACUAGCGGUCCUCCAGAUAACUGGGUCUCGCUUAUUCUUAUCAUGAUCUACGAGUACUUCCAAGGGGAAAAGUCGCGAUGGAAGCCUUACUUCGAUGUACUUCCUACUCAAUUCGAGACGCUGAUGUGGUGGUCGGAGCAAGAACUCCAAGAACUGCAGGCCAGUGCGAUAGUUGGGAAGAUUGGUAAAGAUGAGGCCGACGAGAUGUUUCGCACUAGGGUGCUGCCAGUAAUAGAAGAGCAUGCAGAUGUCUUCUACCCGGAUGGAUCCCAAAGGCUUGGCGAACAGCAACUUGUAUACCUCAGUCAUCAAAUGGGUAGCACCAUAAUGAGUUACGCUUUUGAUUUAGAGAAUGAUGACGAAGAGAAUGACCCAGAAAAUGACGACGAGUGGGUGGAGGAUAAGGAAAGUUCCCUUAUGAUGGGUAUGGUCCCGAUGGCGGAUAUUCUGAAUGCUGACGCUGAAUUCAACGCUCACGUCAAUCACGGCGAAGACAGCUUGUCUGUCACGACACUCCGGCCAAUUCCAGCUGGCACUGAAAUACUCAAUUACUACGGUCCUCUCGGCAAUGGGGAGUUGCUAAGACGUUACGGGUACGUAACAAGCCACCAUGCUCGAUAUGACGUUACGGAGAUAUCCUGGAACUUGAUAUUGUCUGUAUUGAAAGAUGUCAUCACGGUUGAUGAAUCGGUUUGGGGUAAAGCAGUCAAUGAGCUCGACGUGGAGGAGAUUGAAGAUGCUUUUGUUAUCGAACGAGAUUCAGGAGAGCCAGAUUCUACAGGACAUCUUCAGGAAGAAGCCCCUCUUAAAGAAAUCCCCGCGGAUCUGAUGGACCAACUCCACACGAUACUUAAAGAAAUCCGAAAGGUCAGCCCAACAACGAUUCCCGACAAAGCUACACGAGAUGAGAUCGCACUAGCAGCCAUACAUCGUGCCCUCGAGUUAAGAUUGGCCCAAUAUCCAACGAGUCAAGCAUUCGACUUCAACUUAUUGUCCGGCGAUAAGGUUUUCGGUCGGCAGAAGAUGGCCUUGGCUGUGCGAUGGGGCGAGAAAGCGCUGCUGCAAGAAGCGAUUAACUUUACACAGGAGAAGUUGUCAAAGGUCAGAUCAAAACCUGAUCAAGAAAGUGAACCAUACGCGAAAAGACAAAGGAUGAGAUGAAGUCGUAAUCAUGCCAUCGUCACAAAUCUUAUGCAGGUCGGGAUUCUGGCUCCCACAGUUUUCUUCCGAACUAUGAUUAGCCACGUGUGUGUGCCAGCCUGGCGGCCUGACGUCCGGCACAGCAGUGAAAAUUAAUUAAGUGGUGCAGAUUGUGCAGAUGGUGGAAAUGGUGUUGAUAUUUUACUCCCAAAUCGACGUUUCGUGGCUGCGACUGGCUGCUGGGGCGUUGAUCACAGCUGUUAUUUUCCGACGGAUCUGCUGUAACUUAUCACGUUUACUGGCUGGGCGAUGUUGGAAAUACAAGGACUGGGGUUGCACAUAAGGUGUAGAUCAGAAAAUGGACAGUUUUAGUUUAGA